AUGACAGCAGAUAAAACAGAUAAGCCAAUCAUCUUUGCGCCAAAGACGUACCAGUAUGAAAAAGGUACUCUGAAUGAAAAGGACGUGCUUGCAAACCCAAUUGACCAGUUUACCAAAUGGUUCAAGGAAGCUCAGGCUGAUCCAACAGAGACGAUUCCAGAGGCCGUGGCACUGGCAACAGCAUCUCUUCCUUCGGGCCGUGUUUCUUGCCGAGUUGUGCUUUUCAAAGAGUUAGAUGAGAGAGGAUUUAUGAUUUUCUCCAACUUUGGCACAUCCAAAAAGGAGAAUGACCUAGUUACGAACCCACAUGCUGCAAUUACAUUCUUCUGGAAGAAUUUGCAGAGACAGGUGCGUGUGGAAGGAGAGGUUGAGCACGUUGGAUAUGAAAUGUCAUCGAAGUACUUCCAGACGAGACCUAGAGGCUCAAAGAUUGGUGCUCAUACUUCGAAGCAAUCAACAGUGCUUAAAAACAGACAGGAACUUGAAGAUGAUCUAAAGGUGAACACAGAGAAAUUCAAGGAUACUCCUGAUAACGAGAUUCCAUGCCCAAAGAGGUGGGGUGGAAUUAGAAUUGUUCCAUUGGAGAUUGAGUUUUGGCAAGGAAGAAAGAGCAGACUACAUGAUAGAAUUACUUACAGAAGAGACACCACUGAUGGAGAGUGGAAGAUCUUCAGGUUGGCACCAUAA